AUGGGGCGAAGAUUGGUGGUGCUGGGUCGGUAUCAUCCGGGCUUAGUCAUAUUUGUCUUGAAAGUGAUGGCAAUUCUGUGUUAUGCAUAUUACUUUUGGUAUUUCUGGCCAGUUAAGCGGGAAGAAUGUAAGUUAAGCGGGAUUUUUGAUCCUUAUUAUGUCCGAAUUGAGUAAAGAAAGGUCUAAUGCCCAUUCUGGUUGAGGGUCAAGACAAAAAUUUAAAAAUAAAAAGUUGAUUUUUGAGUCCCGCCACGAAAACACGGAAAAUUGAAAGUUCUCUUGUCCGGCAGGAAAAUCAUUAAUUUUUGAAAACCCAGGAUUUAAACAGUAUUUUAAUGAAUUUUAGACCACCCUCUUACCUAUGGCCUCAGGGAAAAAGUUCAAAAUAUAAAACUACAUCAUCAAAGUUGUGAUGCUCAAUAUGCCACGCCGCUGGCUCCGGAAUUGGAAGAUGCCAUUGAUAAGGAGCAAAAGUCUAAAAAGGAGUGUAUACCCAAGGAAAAGGUCCGAUCAACAUUAAAAAACGGACUUUUGAGCAUGAAGAAUGUCGGGAAUGGCGAAGUCUGCAAAUUCAGGUAAGGAUAACAAAAAUUGGUUGUAAUGUACUGUAUCAUACUCGGCAAUUAUGACUUGUUUUUUGGCAACUUUCCGUUUUAGAGCAGUCCCUUACGACAUUCAGGGGUCCCCUCGAGGCUCUGAGGUUUGGUACGAAUUUGGAGUCCAGGGAAAAAAACCGGAAAGUGAUUUUGUUCAAGUAAUGUGUCAUGAUCGAGAUAAGAUCACUUAUCAAUUCCUGCAUCAUCAAAUUUAUCGGAAAUUGUAAGAGAAUCCUUGCAACUUCAAAUCAAAAAAACUCGAAUUUUAGGCCAGAAUCACGCCUAAAAAUUGAAAAUCCCCCGCCAGAUAUCCAUAUCAUCGUGACUGAUUCCGUCGCGAUGCCUCAAAUGCGUGCAGCUCUCCCGAAAACGAUGAAACUUUUGGUCGACCAAUUCUCGGCCGAGCUGUUUUUAUUCCACAACAGAGUCGAAGGCGAGACAGCGGGUCAGAGUCGAGUUUUGUUGAUGCAGAACCGGAUAACCAACAUGACUUCCCAUCCGUUGGGACAAAAUUAUAGUACCAUUGACGAGAUAAGGUUCAAUGUUUGCAACGCUGAGGAGUUUGCGUUCAAUAUUGCGAGAGGAAAAGGGUACCGGACGUUGUUUGGUCUGGACUGGACUACGUACUUGAUGUGGGGAUGUCAGGAAGGAGACAGGUUUCCGGUUGACCAUUUUAUGGAGUAAGCUUAUGAUUUCGGGAAGUUAGCUUACGAGUAAGGUGUGCCAAGUGCAACGCUCCACGUCAAUCCAGCGCAUUUACUGAACCGUUUCGAAAAUUCGUAUCGUUUUCAUUGAUUUAAAAGAGAGACGAAAUGUCGCGAAAUUAUCGGCACUUUUUCUCGCCCGGAAUAAUUUCUUUUCUCGAAAAGGAAGAAGAAAGAUAAGAAAAUGCGUUUUAUCGGGUAGUGACAUUUCGUUUUGAACGAAUCACCAAAAAGGGGCGGGAAAUUUUUUUCUUCUAUUUUGGAUUGACUUGCGCUCUGAUUUUCGUUAAAUUUCGCACAAUUGCAUUCUCUAGGCUGCAAUUCAAUUCCUCAAAAAAAAAAAAAAUGACUCGCUUUUUGCAGGAGCAGCUGAGAUUCUCAUAUCCUAGCCGGCGAGAGGUUCGCCGAUGCGGAGAGUGGUCAGGAAGAAAAACAGCUUUUGGCCAUAAUUUUGCUAGUUUCGUUCGGAAAAAGUGAUUUUUUGUGGAAACACUACCCUUUACGGUAGAAACAGGUGCAAUACAGGGUGUCCCAAAAAAAAAGCUUGAUAACCAUAGUAAGCGUCCAGGACGUAAAAGAAAACGCACCGCCAGCAGUUAUGUCAACCGGGAGAUCACCAACAGCCAAAUCCGCGAUUUUCAAGAAAAACUUGCCCGUGAGGUAGCCAUCAGCGACCGAUCGGUCACCCAAAUAGCCGAUGAUGAGCUGUACCUCACGUUGUAUAAGCUGUAAAAAGUUCAGAUCUUCAAAGCAGACAGCAAAUGCCUACGGUUCCAAAAAUGUCGAAAAGUCAAGGCCCGGGCCGCAGCUCAGACACGUGAGCGCAUUCGUUCGUGGUUCACUGUUUGGCGGAUGCACAGCCACCAGAACAAUAGGAUCUUCUUAGAUGAGGCCCUCGGCACGUCGGCUAACGUCGAAAACUGUCAAAAUCCGGGCCGUCAUCGCCUAAGGCGGAAUUUGUGCCAGCGGCAAGAAUUCUAUGGUCAAGGUGGCAAAAUUCUAGCGCCGCGUUAAUCUCGAUUUUCUCGUACUUCUGUUGACUCAGCAGAACCUUGGCAAUGCAAAUUUGGGGUUCCAACUAGACUCAGCGCCGGGUCACAAAGCAAAAUCAACUCAGGACCCGGAAUGGGACCGAUUUUCCCGAUUUUAUCCCGUCUGCAAAGUAGCCGUCUGCGCGCCGGAUCUGAAUCCGACAGACCAAAAAUUUUUUUUAAUUGGAGGCCAACGCCCGUACUACAUGCCACAAAAGUUUGGAGUCGCAAAGUAGUCGUUGCGCCAAGAACGGGACCGAUUUCCCCGAAAAGAGCUGCGGCCCCGAGCCCGAAAUUUUAAGUCACUUUUGGAGCUAUAUAUCGCCACCAAAGGCAGCCACUGUGAAACUGGCUUGACACGUUAUCAAUAAUCCUCUAUGUUACUGAUAUCCAUCGUUAGUUUUGUUAAAUUUUGUUUGGUAUAUAAAAUGCAGGCAUAAAAGAACAUGCAUUUUUUUUGGGACACCCUGUAUUUUCCUUGCCGAAAGCAUGAAGUUUUUGCGGACUUUUGAUCUAAAAAUCAUGUAAAAAAUUAUUCGAAAUUUGUGCCAGAUUUCAUCAAAAUCUGAGCGUCCCAGUUUGGAUAUCUCCCUCAAGCUUGAUUAGGUUCUGGACGUCGGAAAUCGGACUCUUCUGGAAAUCUAACAUUUCCAGAAAACCAUUUUCAGUGCCUACUGGGAACAACUGAACAAAAUUUUCCCGGACGCUGAGCACAAUCCAGAGUACGGCCCGGUCGGUCGCAUGUUCUACCGCUCCAAUUUGUGGGGCCGCUUUUGUUUGGAGCGUCACAAAGAAAUGCUCGAUUACCUGUUCGACUUUAUGGAGGCCUACAAAAACGAACCGCAACUUACAGUGACGUGGUUGGCGUACUUGACGCACGAUUAUCGCGGCGAUUUGUACAAAUACGACGAGGAUUUUGUCGAAUUUUUUCAAAGGCUCAGAGCAAAAGUGGGUUGUUGAUUAGACCGGACCCUAAAGCCAUUACAUUUUCGUUGACAGGCUCCGCAUUCGCAUAUAUUUCUGAUGGGAGACCACGGAAAUAGGCUUUAUUCGGACAAAACGUUGGCAUUUGAUCGGAUCGAAGAGAAUAAUCCAGCGCUGAUUUAUUUGCCGCCAGAGGCUGUGAAAAAUGAUGAGGUGGUGAUGAAAAGGAUCAGAAAGAAUACUCGACAACUGGUGUCAACGUUUGACAUCUAUGCCACAGUGGUCGACAUUUUACAGGUAAAUUGGAGAAAGGUUCAUUUCGAAAAAAUGGUUUCUGAACCUUUAGAAAUGUCCGGUUUACCUUAUGGUAACCCAUCCAAGCCACUUAUACACCUGGAAACUUACAAGGGAAGUAGUCCAAGUGCGACGUUCAGAUUUUGAUGAAACUUGGCACCAAUUUAGAAUAAUUUUUUAUGAGAUAUAUGCGAGAAUCGUAGCUCGCACUUUGCAGAAACAACCGAUAUUUUUAGAUCGACAGUCGGCGAAAAUUUAGGCCUUUUUGCCGAAUUUCGGCACGAAAAGUUUCAUGCCUAUUUCAACCGUAAAGGAUAAUGUCCCUACAAAAAAUCAACUUUUUCCUAACGAAACUACAGUGAGGGACCGGAUCCAAUGGCAAAAAACGUCUCAUUUUGCAGCUUUCUCUCUCUGACCGCUCUCCACGUUUAGCGGGCUCUCAAAAAUCGUUCGGUAUCUCGGCGGCGCCCGCAAAGCGCGAGCUAAAACUUUCAGGAAUCGAUGUUUAGUCCAUACCCGACGUGUGUGCAAAAUUUAAAGAAAAUCUGAGCGUCGCACUUGGAUUACUUCCCCUGUUAAUUCGCAACAUCUAACUGCCAAAUCAUUUGAAUUUCCUGUUGCAAGCAAAUGUCGCCCGAUUUCCAACCGGCAGAAUCUCCGUGUUUCUUCUAGCUGCCCGUCAGGAAACUGCCCGUGUGGGCCCGCCUUUUUUACGUAAACGAUGCCUUUCCGAUAGAUUUGUCAUGAUAAAGCUUGCCAGUAUGACAAAAGCUUUUCGCCAACUUUCGAUCUAAAAACUCGGAACAAAAGUCAGGAUUUGCUUGUAUUUAUGCCUUAUUUCAACAAAAACUGAAUAUUGCACAUAAACAAGAAGCGCCUACUUGUAAAGCAUUUUUUUGUAAUGAAAUUUGAACUAGGUUCCUCAAAUCCGAGUGUCGCUCCUUAAACCCGUCUCCUACCAAUUGUAAACUCUGUCCGCCUUUCUUUUCAUCUAUACACUACCAAACUUGCAGAACAAAAACGAUCUAACUUCUGCGCAAGCUCCGGAACCUCCCAUAAAACUCGUCGGCGCCAGCCUUUUCCGAGAGCUGCCUCAGCCGCGAAAUUGUGAAUCUCUGCAGCUCGGGUUCCAUCUGUGUCUGUGUCCCCAAUUAGGGCCGGAGAUACGGUUCCAUCCGCUGGCAGAAAAGCUAGCCGAAUUCGUCGUUCAGUAUGCAAACGGCUACAUAGCCGCCUCGGAGGACUCGGAUCUUUGCUCGCCGCUCGUUGUGGACCCGGACUUUGCAACCGUCGUUGAGGAAUACACAGGAAAAGGCAGUGAAGAAGGGGAAAAGUCGUAUAAGGUGACGGUUCGGACGUUCCCCGGAAAAGCCGUUUUUGACCCGUGGAUUGCGGUAAGAGCAAAAUAUUUUUCAAAUUUUGCUGGGAAAACAAUAUUUUUUCGACGCAGUGUCUUGACGAGCCAGGCGCUUUUUAUUUUAUCUUCCAGGUCUUCCCUAAUGGAACAAUGCAAUUGCUGACUAUUCCGUACCGAAAGAACGCAUUUGCCUUCCAGGCCAAAUGCAUACACGACCGCUAUAAUACGGCAAGAUUCACGGAGCAUUUCUGUUUCUGUAGGAAUCUGUUGAAUGUGACCAGUGAAGUUGAGAAAGUUAAUAAUUGA